AGUAAUCUGGUAAAGAUGGCGGCGGCCCCCCCCGAUGAGACCAGCCUCCAGUCUCUAAUCAAUAAUGCUACCAAUCCUCUGAAUAAGGAAACUGACUGGGACAACAUUAAGGGAUUCUGUGAUAAACUCGACAGUGAACCUGAUGGGCCUCAGCUUGCAACCAGACUUCUGGCCCACAAAAUCCAGUCUCCUCAAGAAUGGGAGGCGAUGCAGGCACUACUGGUUCUUGAGACAUGUAUGAAGAACUGUGGAAACAGGUUUCAUGGUGAGGUGGGAAAGUUUCGCUUUCUUAAUGAGCUCAUCAAGGUGGUCUCACCUAAGUAUUUAGGAACCCGGGCUCCAGAGCCGGUGAAGGCAAAGGUUUUAGAGAUGAUAUACAGCUGGACUGUGUGGCAUCCAGAUGAGGCAAAGAUAGCUGAAGCUUAUCAGAUGCUGAAAAAACAGGGCAUUGUAAAGCAAGAUCCUGUGCUUCCUGGUGACAAGCCACUCCCACCGCCUCCACCCAGAGCCAAAAGUGCCAUCUUUGAGGAUGAGGAGAAAUCCAAGACGCUGUCCCGUCUGUUAAAGAGCACCCACCCUGAUGAUUUAAGAGCAGCAAACAAGCUCAUCAAGGAAAUGGUUCAAGAAGAUCAAAAGCGAGUGGAGAAAGUUUCCAAACGAGUGAAUGCCAUUCAGGAAGUAAAGGAGAGUGUGAGCCUGCUGAGCCAGCUGCUGGAGGGCUACUGCAAAGAGAGCUGCUCCAACAGCAACCAGGAGCUCAUUAAGGAUCUGUAUCAGCGUUGUGAAAAGAUGAGGCCUACCUUAUUCAGGUUAGCAAGCGAUACAGAAGACAACGAUGAAGCUCUGGCGGAUAUCUUGGAGGCUAAUGACAGCCUGACGCAAGUCAUCAAUCUGUACAGGCAACUGAUAAAGGGUGAGGAGGUGUCAAACGACGGAGCAGGCCUGCCCUCACAAGCCUCAAAAUCGGGCGGCAGCAGCUCAGCACUAGUAGACCUGACAGGUCUUAAUAUUUUAGAAAAGACAGAACCUUCCAAAUCUCUGCCUGGAGCUGAGAACCUGGGCCUGAGCCUCUUGGAUGAUGAAUUAAUGUCUCUGGGAUUGAAUGUAUCAGAAAACUGUGACUCUACCAUUGUCCUUCAGUCCUUAAAUGUUGCAGAACCUCCAGCUGUAACGAUGCAGCCAGCUGUGGUCCAAACGUCAAAAGCUCCACCAGCAGGGGGCAGUACUGCUGCACCAAAAGCGAUGGAAGAGCUGGAUUUACUGGGAAAGACACUGUUACAGCAAUCUCUACCUCCAGAAAGCCAGCAGGUGAAAUGGGAUAAACUCCAGCCUCACUCCAAGGUCCCUUUACGAGAUCUCCAAGCAAAGUCUGGGGUCAGCUGUAGGCCUGCUCCCGCUGUCGGGCCGACCUCCGGCCUCCUUGUCCCCACAGAGCAGCCGGAUGUCGUCCUCUUUUCCAGUGCUGGCAUUUCAGAAAAAAGCUCAUCAGCUGCUGACCCUUAUGACAGCAUCUCAUUAGCAGAUGUUACAGUGCCUCUGGAGUCAAUCAAACCCAGUAGCGUUUUACCAGUGACUGUAUUUGACAAACACAGUCUCCGGGUUUUGUUCACGUUUGCACGGGACUCUCCUCCAUCGAGGCCGGAUGUGUUGGUUGUGAUCAUUUCUAUGCUGUCCUCGGCACCCAUUCCCGUCACCAACAUCCGUUUCCAGGCAGCCGUUCCCAGAGUGAUGAAGGUAAAGCUGCAGCCUCCUUCCGGUACUGACCUGCCAGCCUUCAACCCCAUCCUCCCUCCAGCCGCUGUCACACAGAUUCUGCUGUUGGCCAACCCUAAUAAGGAAAAAGUGCGUCUGCGCUACAAACUGACGUUCAACUUGGGGGACAAAUCUCACGAUGAAUCCGGAGACGUGGACGAGUUCCCUCCUCCAGACACUUGGGGCAAUCUUUAGACAGAAAGAGUGAACAGGGGAGGGGCUCCAGUCAUUAGAUUUGCACCAUCCUUUAUAUUUAGGUCGAGUCUUUCCUUCUGAAGAGGAAAUAGACCAGAUUACAAUUAAGUGGUUUCAGACUCUGCUUUGACCAGAACUGAUGGAUGUAAGAUCAGUUUGUUGAAACCCGCUGACCCUUGUGCCUUCUUAUCCUUGUUUGAUCCUGUCAGUGUUUAUGAAAAGAGUUGGUACAUCCUCUGAUAAUUAGUCCAUUAAGACCAUUUACUUCUGAAUGUGAGCUGGUUUUAUUAACGUAUCAUGAAGUAAUCCCCAACGUCAUGUGAAUUAUGAUGUCAGACAUCAGUGCGAGGCAUCGUUGUACAACAUGCAGUACAAUCAGCUCCUAAGUCAAAUAUCUCAAACAAUAAUCUGGGUCUGAUUCACUUAAAAUCAUGAAAUUUGUUUCCCCCAACUUAUCAAAAAUUAAGUGACAUUACUUUCACUGUUAGACUGAAAAAGCAGCAUGAAAAUCCACCGCCAUAUCUGAAGCCACCGGAGUGGUUUUCAUUUUCAUUAAACCCUUUAGAGUAGGAGGAUCUGAUGUGAAGAGCUGGAACCAAAGCAUGCAAGAUACAAACAUGCUAAUCUGAUGUCUUUCUGUAGGGAUAUAAAAAUAUUUUCCUGCAGCUAACUUUCAUUAAAACAGAUCCAGACAAAUAUAAUCCAUUAACAGUAGCCCCCUCUAUUUUGUCCUGUAAUUAAAAGGUGCUUAUUAGUCUUCAUCUGUUUAAAAACAAACAAAACUGUAACUUCUCUUUGUAUUUCUUUUGUUUCACUCAUUAAGUUUUUUCCUUAUUUAAAUUUGUACACAUUUUGUUUAUAUUUUGCACACAAAAUCAUUCCUCUUUUUCCUCUGUUGUAACUUUUGUUUUUCUACUACUGAUUAACCCAAAGAAUGUCUUAUAAAAUUAUGUGCACGUCAUACUAAGUUUGAUUCUGCCACAUGUGCCUGAGGUUGUUUUUGAUUUUGUUCCUGUAAAGUACAUGUUUGAAUCCAUUAUUUUCCCCCCAUGUUUGUCUUUUCAGAAAAAUACUUUGUAAAGUUAAGGUUCAUCUUUUGUUAAAUGGUCAUUUGAGAUGUUUGAUGUGGGAGCAAACAUUUAUUAACUCCUCUGGGGUUACGGAAGCCUACAAUAAAAAGGUUGAAGAAAAAUUAUCAAAAUAUUGGAGAU